AUGUUCUCCUCAGAUUUAAUUUCAUCCUCUGAGUCAUAUUCUUCUAAAAGAUGGAAAGGAGCUAAUUGUGAUGAACCAAUUUGUGAUUCAAAAUGUAGAAAAUGCUAUUCACCAAACCAGUGCGCGCUAUGUGACGGAAACUAUUCUGGUGAUAGGUGUGAUAGUUGUACAUCUGGAUGGACUGGAUCUGAUUGUAAUACUCCUGUUUGUGAUUCAAAAUGCACAACAUGUGAUUCACCAAAUCAAUGUUCAGUUUGUAAAGGAAACUUUGAAGGAUCUGACUGCUCCACAUGCAAAUCUGGAUGGUCUGAAUCUGAUUGUAACACACCAGUUUGUGAUUUGAAAUGCAAACAAUGUGAUUCUCCAAAUCAAUGCUCAUCCUGUAAUGGAAACUUUGCUGGAUCAGACUGUUCAAGCUGUAAGUCUGGAUGGACUGGAUCUCUCUGUGAUAUUCCAAUUUGUGAUUCCAAAUGUACUAAUUGUUCUGCCCCAUCCAAAUGCUCAAAAUGUCAAGGAAACUUCCAAGGUUUCGAAUGUGAUUCUUGUACAGAUGGAUGGAAAGGAACUGACUGUGACCAACCAAUUUGUGAUUCCAAAUGUUCAGUUUGUGAUUCUCCAAAUCAGUGUAGAGUAUGUAAUGGUAAUUUUGAGGGAUCUGACUGUUCCAUUUGUACUACUGGCUGGAAAGGAGCUAAUUGUGUAGUACCUAUUUGUGACAGUAAGUGCACAACUUGUGAUUCUCCAAAUCAAUGUUCUGUUUGUCAAGGUAACUACAAAGGUGCUCAAUGUGACAAUUGUCAAGAUGGUUGGACUGGCACUGAUUGCAAUAAGCCAAUUUGUGACAGUAAGUGUACUACUUGUGAUUCACCUGCUAAAUGCUCAAAAUGUCAAGGAAACUUCCAGGGAUCUGAUUGCUCCUCAUGCAAAUCAGGAUGGAAGGGAGCUAAUUGUGAUGAACCAAUUUGUGAUUCAAAAUGUUCUGAGUGCUCUGCUCCAAAUCAAUGUUCGACCUGUAGUGAUAAUUAUGAUGGUAACGACUGCUCUGGUUGUAAAUCAGGAUAUAGUGGAACCAAUUGCUCAUUGAGUAUUUGUUAUGGGCUGACCAACCAAGAUGCCAAUGUUUGUUCUGGACACGGUUCUUGUGUAUUGCCAAGUGUUUGUAAAUGUAAUUCCAAAUGGUUUGGAGAUAAUUGUGAAUUAACUUCAUGCUAUGGUAUUAUGAAGAAUGACACUGGUGUUUGUAGCAAACAAGGUUCUUGUAUUGGCCCUGACGUUUGUUCAUGUAAGACUGGUUACAAAUCCAGUGCUGAUUGUUCGGUUGUCUCAUGUGAAAAUUUGAAUAGUUGUAGUUCUCAUGGUUCUUGUGUUGGACCUAACUCUUGUACAUGUAGUGCUGGUUGGAAAUCAUCUGGUGAUUGUAGCUCUCCUUCAUGUGAAUUGGUUUCAAACUGUAAUGCACGAGGAUCAUGUUCUGGACCUAAUGUUUGUACAUGUUCAGGUGGAUUCUUUGGUAAAAAGUGUGAAUUGGCAACAUGCUUUGGAGUUGCUGGCGAUUUGAAUACAGGUUGUAGUGGAAAUGGAGAGUGUUUUACAACCGAUACUUGUUCUUGCAAUGCUGGUUAUUAUGGAGCUAGGUGCGAUUUUAAGGUUAACCUGGAAGCAACCAAGAAGGUUACAAACUUUAAGCAAUUUUUCAUUGAACCAACUGUUUACAAUCCAUCUGGGUUAUCUAUUGGCUAUAAAUGGUCUCAAGUUGGAGGACCAUCAAUUAAUUUAGAAUCAAUUAGUGAGAAUACAAUUUCCAACCCCAAACUUGUGAUUAGAUCUGAAAAUGGAUUGACCAAGGGACAAUCCUAUACCUUGCUGUUAACUACCACUAGGUCUGAUAAUGUUAUUAUUACAAAUAGUAUAGUUUUGAAUGUUAACAUCGAUCCAGUAAUCGAUUGGUUCAGCACUGUCAACCCAUCAACUGGACAAUCUGUAGGUAUUGCUGGUGUUACUUCAUUCAAUGCAAGCAUUGCUUCUGCAACUGAUCCAGAUGGUGAUUCCGAUUCUUUGCAAUAUUCAUUUGGUUAUAUAGUGGAUGGAAAGAGAUUUGUUUCAAAGGAAUUUUCUUAUUCAACCUCAACAAUCUUCCGACUUCCUCUUCCAAGCAAUAACUUGGCUGAAGUUUUCUACAUUGCUAAAGAUGAUAUGGGAGCAACAACCGAAGUUCAAUCUGUAGUUGUUGUGAAUAAUCCAUCUUCAAGUAUGAAUUCUUCUCAAAUAGCCAAAUUGGUUGACUCAAUGUUGGAAAAACCAUCAAUUGACCAACUUUAUUUCGCCACCUCAUUGAUCAAAUCAUCAAGUGAUUCAGAAUCUAGUAUUGUCAAAAAUAAGAUUAUUGAUGCCCUCUACAAUCAAACUGAGUCCAAUCCUGAACUUGCUGUCGCAAUUUUAAGUGAAUUGUCAAAUAAGACUCUGGACAACUCGCACGGAAGCAAGGCUCUUAGAAUGCUUGAAAUUUUGUCAAAUAUUUCAGACAGUUAUGAAACUAUUUUACAAACAUCUUCCAAAUUGAUUAGUUACACCCAGUCAACUUCCGAAAAUAGACAAGUUAUGAAUGCAAUUUUGGAAAAUAUUUCAUCAUCUUUGGCUAAGAAUAUGGCAACAGGUAGUAUUAUUAAGACUAUUUCUAAUAAUUUGUUAAACAUUAUUAUUAAGAACAAUGUAGAUCUCUUGAAUAUCACCUUGCCAAGUUCAAUUGGUGUUAAUGGAUUGACUAUUCCAACAUCAAAUCUCAAGAAUGUGGUUUCAAAUCACACAAUUGCAUUCAGUAUUACUAUUUUGCCAUCCUCAUCUUUAAGUUUCCUCUCUAUUCCUGUUUCAUCCUCAGUAUAUAAGAUCAAGCUCUUCUGGGAUAGUGGAGUAAUGAUAAAUAUUACUAAAUUGAACACUCCAUUUGAAUUUGAAAUGACUGUUGUUGGUACCUCUAGUGGUGUCGAACCAGAAUGUAGAUAUUUUGAUGAAAGAACUAAUACUUUGACAAAGGAUGGUGUUGAAACCAUUGUUAUUUCUCCGACUCGUGUUAAGUGCAGAGUUUAUCAAUUAGGAGAUUUCACUACAACCUUAAUUUCAAAGGCUACAAGCUCGCCUGCUCCAGAAAAAUCAAAGGUACAACCAAAGAUUUCUCAAAGAGCAAAUACUGCAUCCACUACUAGUCAAUUUUCAUUUAUGAUGAUGUUGCUUUUUGUGAUUGUUGUUGUUUUCAUGUUGUAA